AAGCAAAGCAAAGAGAAGAAGAAUAAGGCAAUUGUUAAGAAUCCACGUCAACAUCAAUUGACACGAACUUCGCGUGGGGUGCGCAUUGCGCUCCCUACGGACUAUUAAUUAACCUUCUUCUUAAAAAUUCCGACAACCAAAGGGGCAGACACAGACACACAAAAACCGAAACCAAAAUUAAACCACGGGCUCAAAAUCGGUAGCCAUUCCUGUUUCUUUCCGUACAAGCGAAGACACUAGGAAACCCGCUGUCGUUUUGUUCCUGUACAACUAGCACUAACCAGGUCCAGGAGGCAGAGGGAGGGACCGACCGAGGGGCUUUUGCUUACGCGGACUCGGUUAUGUGCUGCCGUGGAUGGUGAUCGCGAAGAAGAAUCAUGGAAGACACCGAGAGUUUCUGUAACAGGCCCGCUGACUUUUUGCCCGCUCCGACCCGAAAGCAGAAGCUGAAAGUGAGCAUUUACAAUGAAGUCCUUGGUCGGCUCCAGGACUCCGAUGUCGGAGAGGCCAAGGUUCCUGGUUUCGAAGAUGAACUGUGGGCCCAUUUCAGUCGCCUCCCCACUAGAUAUGCGUUGGAUGUGAAUGUGGAGAGGGCACAAGAUGUUCUGAUGCAUAAGAGAUUACUGCAUAUGGCGCAUGACCCGGCCACUAGACCUGCAGUCCAAGUUCGUCUUGUGCAGGUUCGUUCUGCUUCCGGCUCAAAUUCAUCGAGGAAAGCGAAUGCUCAAUGUUCUGCUGCUGCCAGCAAAGAGAGUCAUCCACCGCCAGCUUUUGGUUUGUCACCAGACCUUCAACUUGCUCUUGAAGCUGAACAGUUACACGUUGACCAGGGCGAUAACUCUGUGUAUGCCAGUCAACUUUUUACAAGGUCGAUGCAUGAAAUUACUAUUUCCACGAAUGACAAGCCCAAACUCCUCAGUGAGUUGACAUCCUUAUUAUCUGACAUUGGAUUGAACAUUCAAGAAGCACAUGCUUAUUCCACAACAGAUGGCUACUCUUUGGAUGUCUUUGUUGUUGAUGGUUGGCCAUGUGAGGAAACUGAGAGGCUUAGGCAUGCACUGGCAAAACAAAUACCAUGGAAUGAGAAGAAUCCUUCAUUGGACUGUAACAUCAUUUCUCCUCCUCCGGAUCAAGAGACUGGAAUGGAGUUUAUUAAUGAUCAUGUAAGCACACUCAAUGAGGAAAAGGAUGUCUGGGAAAUUGAUGCAAGCAUGUUGAGAUAUGAGGAGAAAAUUGCAUCUGGAUCGAAUGGUGAUUUGUAUCAAGGUAGUUACUGUGGUCGAGAUGUGGCUAUUAAAGUUCUUAGCACUGAGCGCCUGAAUGAAACUAUGAAGGAGUUUACUCAAGAAGUCUAUAUUAUGAGAAAAGUUCGGCACAAGAAUGUCGUUCAAUUUAUUGGGGCAUGCACUAAACCUCCUAAGCUUUGCAUCAUUACUGAAUUUCUGUCUGGUGGAAGUAUGUAUGACUUUCUGCAUAAGCAAAGGGGUGUUUUAUCACUUCUGUCCUUGCUCAGAGUCGCAAUUGAUGUUUCCAGGGGAAUGAACUACUUGCACCAAAACAAUAUAAUCCAUAGGGACUUGAAAGCUGCUAAUCUUUUGAUGGACGGAACUGGAGUAGUGAAAGUAGCUGAUUUCGGCAUCGCUAGAGUACGGGCAGAGUCUGGUGUUAUGACUGCAGAAACUGGCACUUACCGUUGGAUGGCUCCCGAGGUUAUAGAACAUAGGCCAUACAAUCAUAAAGCUGAUGUUUUUAGCUUUGGGGUUGUUCUCUGGGAGCUGCUUACAGGGAAGCUUCCCUACGAGAACUUAACUCCGUUACAAGCAGCAGUUGGCGUAGUCCAGAAGGGUCUGAGGCCUACAAUUCCGAGCCACACGAAUCCAAUGCUGAUGGAACUGAUGGAGAGAUGCUGGCAGCAAGACCCAUCAUUGAGACCGGAAUUUUCAGAAAUUGUAAAUAUGUUGCAGCACUUGGCCAGGAAGGUUGCAAAGGGAAGUGAGGAUAGACGAAAGGGAAAAUCAGCUAAAGUAGUACCUACUUUCAAGCAAGGCGGUGAUGGUAGUGCCAAAUGAGGAGAAAUUCUUAGGCAGACGAGUGAUGUGACGCGGCUGAUCGUACCAAAGACUUGCGAGAGGAUUUUGUUUCUAAUACGUCUGUAAAUCAUCUCUUCACAAGUCAUUUCUUUCCCUCCGACUCUAUAUAUGCUCCGUUGGAAUUUGUUCUGUUAAUCUAAAGUAAAUGUUCAGACUCUUCGUGGGAAAACUGUCUCGUGCCUAUUUGAAGCCAUUCGUAGUGUUGAUAAGUUUGAAUUCA